AUGCGCGUCAGCGCCUGCACUGAGUCCCAAGCGCAUUCUUCCCGCAUCGCCUACUUGCUGGGGUUCCUCGUAUUCUUCGCAGUGUGUACCCUAGCCUACAUUGCUGGUGUCAUUCCACACUCUAAACCCGCACCGCCAAAACUUCGGAGACACUACAAUCUUCCUGGAGGAUUUGGGAGAGUGGUUUCUUUGAACGAGGCGAUUUUCACCAGCGACGGGAUCUCGUCGGAAUUGGCGUGGGAUCUGCGCGAUGGCGAGGUGCUCCCUGGAGUGUCGCACGCGCGAUUGGCGAAAUGGCGAGCCUUUGCCGCGCGAUCACGGCUGAGCGCCGCAGCUGACGCUGAUUCUACGGGUACACCGGUUGACGCCGCUCGAGGCGACGACGAAGCUUCCUAUGCUGACCGCAAGGGAAAGCGUGAAGGUGGUGGCGAGCUGUGCGGGUGGCCGGUUCCCGCUGCUCCCGCGCGCGAAACGGAGGAGGGGUUUCAGGGCGAUUCGGUGUGGUACAGCACGAACGGCAGCGAGUGGAUGCAGCACGCGUAUCUGGAGAUGCUUCUAGCGGGGAUGGUGGAGCGCAGAAUGGGACAGGCGGGGGUGGGGGGAGACGAACCGGAGCCUGUAUGCGUGGCGGUGUAUCUGCCACCCCAUUGGUUCCCCUGCUCCGACUCGCCAGCUGGCUGCCAGCUGGCAGUGUGGGUCCGCCCCGCGUCGUCCGACGUGGCGCUGCUCUACCACCUGCUCGACACGCGCGCGUUCCGCUUCCUGCGCGCGCAGCUGCUCCCCCACUUCCGCCCGGCCGCCAUCCUUGAUGCGGGUGCCAACAUCGGCCUCGCCUCCCUCAUCUUCUCCCUGCGCUUCCCCGAUGCUCUCAUAGUGGCAGUGGAGCCGGCACGGGACAACUUUGAUCUGCUGCAGCGCAACGUGCAGCACCUCCCCCAGAUACUGCCGGUCAAUGCCGCUCUCUGGUCACAAGACACCCGCAUAGCCGUCACUGCGGGCCGAAGGGAGGGCUUCUGGGCCUACGAGACACACGAUCGCUCACCUGCCUCCCCCUCCCCCUGCAUGCCGGCUGUCUCGGUGCCGUCGCUGCUGCAGCGCGUGCAUCUUCCACACUUUGACUACAUGAAGAUUGACAUCGAGGGCGCUGAGAAAGAGGUGUUCUGCUCUCACGCAGGAGCAGCAGGGGCUACAGAUUCAGCAGCGGGGGGGUGGCAGCACGAUGCAACUUCUGAGGCGCCUCAAAAGGUAGCAGCAGGAGCGGCGGCAGCGGGGUGGCAGCUCGAUGCGGCGGUGUUGUCAGUAGAAGUGCACGAGGAUUUGGCACCGGGGAUAGGCGCGUGCAUGGAGGGGGUGUAUCCGCGCACACGCUAUGACGUGCGCACGUAUGGGGAGAACACUGUGUAUUUCAGCCCACACGUGUGGGUGCAUGCACUGAAACCGCUGGAUUUGAGUGUGCGGUGA